AUGGCGUCCGCUACACAGGUCCAAUCCUUCCGCGAAAUGCUCGGUGAACCGACCCUCACGGCGUCGCCGAAGGAUAGCACAUUGAUCAUUAUCGACGCGCAGAACGAAUACGCUCAGGGACAUCUGAAAACCGUCAAUGUCGAAUCGACUCGCAAGGCCAUUGCGUCGUUGCUCGAGAAGUACCGCGCGGCAGGUGACGGGAAGAACAUAGUUCACGUCGUCCACAAGGUUCCUGACGGAGCACCGAUCUUCACGCCCAACACCAUUCUGGCCGAAGAGUUCGACGAACUCAAGCCGCGGCCGGGGGAGAAGAUCGUCCAGAAGGAGCUGGUGUCGUCGUUCGCCAACACCGACCUCCACGACUACCUCACCGGCCUGGGCGACCGGGGCAGAAAGACCGUCCUGACGGGGUACAUGGCGCACGUGUGCGUGAGCACCACCGCCCGCGCCGGAGCCGACCUGGGCUACGAAGUCGUCCUGGCCGGCGACGCCAUCGGAGAUCGAGACAUUCCCGGGUUCACCGGUCCCGAAGUCACCGACGCGGUGUUGAAGGAGUUGGGAGACGCUUUUGGCACCGUCGUCCGCAGUGAGGAUGUCAAGUAG